CAUGCCCGUGUUGUUUACAUGCAAAAUUAAAUCAGUGUGGACGGAUCUUUUCUGCAAGUCGUGCUGGUUGCUAAAUAUUGUUUUUUUACUCACAGUUUGGCCUAGUUGCUGCAGACGUUAAUAAUGUCGUCCGUUGAAGUUCGUGCUGCGCAGCUCCCAGCCGCAGUGAACCCCGCGAAGAUGGGCAGAAAAGCCACAGCAGGUCCGAGGAGAGCUGCUCUCGGGGAGCUAACCAACUUUUCCGGAGCAGCAGCCAUCACAAAGAGGACUGGACCAACCAAAUCAACUGCAUCAGUCAAACCAUCUUGUGCCCAAAAAGCCAAACCCGUGGUGCCUCCAGUAGUCCCGGUCCCAGCGCCUGCAGAUCCUCUCCCCCCAGUUUCAGAAGAGAUGGUGGCUGACGUGUCCAUGAAGGAGGAGGAGGAACUGUGCCAGGCUUUUUCUGAGGCGCUGCUCACAGUGCAGGAUGUGGACGAGCAGGACUCGGACCUGCCACAGCUCUGCUCAGACUACGUCAAAGAUAUCUAUAAUUAUCUACACAUCCUGGAGGUGCAGCAGGCCGUACGAGCCAACUACAUGCAGGGUUAUGAAAUCACCGAACGCAUGCGAGCGCUUCUGAUCGACUGGCUGGUCCAGGUUCACUGCAGGUUCCAGCUGCUGCAGGAGACUCUGUACCUCACAGUUGCUGUCCUGGAUCGUUUUCUCCAGGUCCAGCCGGUCUCUCGCAGGAAGCUGCAGCUUGUUGGCGUGACGGCCAUGCUGGUGGCCUGUAAAUACGAGGAGAUGUACGCUCCCGAGGUCGGAGACUUUGCGUACAUCACAGACAACGCCUUUACAAAGGAUCAGAUUCUGGAGAUGGAACAGCUGGUUUUGAGGACCCUAAACUUUGAGCUGGGACGUCCUCUCCCUUUACACUUCCUCAGACGGGCCUCCAAGGUGGCGAAUUCUGAUGUAGAGAGACACACGCUGGCCAAGUACCUGAUGGAGCUGACCCUGGUCGACUACAGCAUGGUGCACUAUCGGCCGUCGGAGAUCGCCGCUGCAGCGCUCAGUCUCUCCCAGCUGCUGCUUGAAGAGCUGCCCUGGUCUCCUACACAGCAGCACUACUCCACUUAUGACUCAGCCCACCUGAAGCCCAUCAUGCAGCACAUCGCCAAAAAUAUUGUGAUUGUAAAUAACGGGAAGACCAAAUUCCAGGCCGUGAGGAACAAGUACUCGAGCAGCAAGCUGAUGAAGAUCAGCCUCAUUCCUCAGCUGAAGUCGUCCACCAUCACGACCAUGGCGGCCGCUCUGCUCAACAAGCCUUGAGACAACGUUACUUUCACAUUUCCAAAGAUCGAAGGACCUUUCACUUGCACUUUAUUUUAGAUGUGAAGAAACUUCAUGCAUUUUUGUUUUUAAUAAAUUUAAUUUUUAAUUUUUUUUGAGA